AUGGCUAGUGAUGGACCUCGCAUUGACCCCGGUCCGAAAGAGUGGGGUGUACUAGAUGAAGAUGUGCAGCAAUGUCAUAGAUCGCAGGUGGUGUGGAACGAAGGACAUUUAAAGUCUCUGAGAGUGAGACGAGCUUCAGAGGGUAGGGGAAACAGAGAUGUACACAACCCAGAUGACAUCCCCCAGGACCUGCAGCAGCAUUUGGUGCGUGCAGGUUUUUGGCAUGCGGCUCGCAUGAGAAGAUUACCGAUUGACCAUAGGCUGAUUACUGCACUGGUGGAGAGGUGGAGGCCGGAGUCUCACACUUUCCACAUGCCUGUGGGAGAGAUGACACUCACUUUACAGGAUGUUGAGGCCAUUUUGGGUUUACGCACUGAGGGUCGGGUAGUUUCCGGCUUUCCCCAUGCCAACUGGGAGGACGUAAUUCUGCAGUAUAUGGGAAGAUCUCCACUUGAAGACGAUUUGGAUGGUGGAAACCUUAAGAUGAGUUGGUUGACUCAUCAUUGGGGUCAUUGGGCCACGCAUUCAGGUACUCACGAGGGACAGAUUAGGUACACUCGUGCCUAUCUGAUGCGUCUGUUUGGAGGUUUCUUGCUUACUGUUCCGUGA